AUGUGGGCGGUCGAUGAUGUGCAUAUGGAAGAUUCUCAAAUGUCCGUCGCCGGAGACUCUUCGCACGCCUUCGAUAAAGUAAAUCAAGGAGGAGGAUCUAUCAAGUUUUUUUUUUUUUGUUUUCAGCAAAUCGAUGAAGAAUCAAUGUUGUCGUCCGCAUAUGGCACGCCUACAUGCUCGCUAGAUUCAAAGAACAAAAGCAGCGAACAAAGGUUUUUCCUAGUUUUUCUACACUUAUGUGAGAUUAUAGUAAUAAUUUAGCAUCCACAAGGUGAAAAGAAUUGAUAAAGUUGAGAACCGGUUUAAGGCCACCCUCAUGAGCGAUUUCACUGGAUAGGGUAUACAAUAGAUAAUCACAGUUGAUGAAAUACACGUAUAGGUAUGUUGAGAUUUAAUUAUGAUUUCUAUAGAAGCCGUCUAGGAAUGCUGACCAAUAAUUCCUUUUCGGGGCUGUCUAAAAGGGAUUUGAAAAUUUUUGUAGGGAUGGCGACGUGGUAACUGGAAAAGAUUUUCUUCGAGAUUGGGUUCAGUUUCCAAAAGAAAGAAUCACAUAAAGGACCAUCCUGAAGAAUGAACCGGAGAGAAUGUCGACCCAAAUAGAAAUUCUGAAUAAAAAUUUUAUUCUCUACUAAAGUUUUGAAAAAAUUACUAUUCACAAAAAAACUGCAUGCGAGUUAUUCUCGAACCUGAAAUAUGGGGGGCGGUUUCUGCAACUCAUUUUUUUAUUUUUUUAAGGGGAAAAAAAUAUUUUUUUCGAAUGCCUUCUGUAAUUUUUUUAUAAUACUUGAGAGUACCCAUGCUGGCUUUUUAAACUUUGUUUGUUUAUUUCUUUAUUUCAAGCUCUUUUUGGGCUAAUAACAUUAAAAAUGAAAAUAAUGUAUGGUUGAGUGUUAUUCAUUAAUUUUUUUUUCGGCCUAAGUAUUAGGAUAAAAACGCAUGAAACGUUUUUUUGAAGUUUCUUUGUUUUGCAGCCUGGCGAUGAACGACAUUGACGAAGACUUUUUCGCUGAAAACGAAGUUAUCGACGAAUCUCAGCAAAUCGGAGAGUUCAUCUCGAUUUUCAAUGUAAUUUUGUUCUUGGAUUAUUUUCGACUCGAAAGACAGCAAGAUCCCCUUCUUUCAACCUUGCUUUUUCGAUAUUUACGACUGACCUCAGAUUUAGAGUAUAUUUCGUACAGAAACUUGCCCGAUCAAACCAAAGACUCGCGCUAACGGCGUUGGUUGAAUCUUCCGCGAUGCCCCACAUUAGACAUUUGCGUCAACUGAUCGAACCCCAUUUCCAACGAGAUUUCCUGUCGUUUUUGCCAAUUGAGGUUUUUGAUUGACAUCAAGUGAUCCGCAAUUUGAGAAAUUUCACAGCUGGCGGAUAUAAUAUUGAAAAGUUUGGACCCCAAAGAUUUCCUCGUGGUGGCGCGAGUUUCGCACAACUGGAGAAUGAUUUCUGAGGACGAGCACUACUGGAAAAGUCGCUGCGAAGAGUUGUCGCUCAGCCAACAUCUUCCUGCACCAACGUUCGUUCUCGAGGAAUUUCCGUGUCUACAGACGAUUCCAGGAGCAGAGUCGACGGUGCGUGGGGGUCGGCCGAGGAAAUGCCCGGCGUCUUGCUGCACGACCACCUCGCCUACGACCCCUGGUGCAAGUUCCGGGAACAGAAGCUGGACUACCAGUUCGGAAGGUUCGGAAUAUUCCAAGGAGAGCAACAAUCUUCCUUUCCAGCAUUUACUAUCGGUCGUUUUACAAGUCUCUGUACAUGCGCAAGGAGAGAAUCAUCGCAAAUUGGCGCAAGAAACAAAUUCGAGGGAGUUGCGUCUUAAGGGGACAUGAUGACCACGUCAUCACCUGCAUGCAUGUUUGUUUUCUGACUUUUUCGUGUUUUUGCAUAAGUUCAAAUUAGAAAGGUUAUUUCAUGUUGCUCAAUCUUUUUUCAUUGCAGAUACAUGGAGACAUUCUUGUCACUGGUUCUGAUGACAAUACACUACGUGUCUGGAGUAUAGAUCAGGGCAUUGUGAGUUUGAAAUCAAGCGAAUAGCCGAUGUCUCCUCAAAUUUUAAAAUUUCCACGAAUUUAGAUUUUAUUUCAAAUAAAAUAUUGCACUUUUAAAUAAUCAUAAUUUUCCCAUCAAAUUAUCACUAUUUUCAAUUCUUUGGAACUUCUAGCCAGAAAACUGAUCACUAAAAGAUAAUUACUGAUUGUAGACCUUCUAGAGGUUAUUCAAUCAUUUAAACUAUUUAGAACAAUUUCGAUCAUUCAGUGCCGUUUCACGUUGACUGGCCACACCGGGGGAGUUUGGACGUCGCACAUCACGAGCGACGGUCGCUACAUCGUCAGUGGCUCUACCGACCGCACUAUAAAGGUAUUCGCUCUUUUGAAAAAGUAACCUGGGCCGGAAAACCUCCAGACGCCAUGAUUCGCGGGAUACUUGAGAUAAAUUCCUACUUCCAAAAGUUAUCUUUCUCUCUAUAAAAAAAACUUCAAUAAGGCAAAUUGAAUCGAAGUAGCUUACAGUGGAAUUAUUUUCAGCCCCGGUUCCUUGCGGAAAUGUAUUUGAGAGCCUUCUGAUCACUAGAUAAGAAAAAAUACUGGAAUAGACCUUGUUCCUGAGUUAUGACGUAUCAAAAGCUUUAAAUAACGAUUUCCAUAUAUAUUCGGGUUGUUUGCAAACUUCAAAGAGUUGCAACUCGAAAAAUGUUCAUUUUGAGAAAUUUCUUUUUUUUUAUCUGAAAUACGGAGGUCUCAGAAUGAAAAAGAAUCAAACGUAAUUUUCACCACUAGUUAAAAAAAAAAUAUUUUUGAUUUGUAUCAUCUAUUUGUGAAGAUAAUUCGUUUUGGCCGUCUCCACUGGAAAAGAAAUUCCGAUCAAGAAGAGGUUUUAGCAAUGUUUUUUGUAGGUUUGGAGUACAGCUGACGGAUCUCUGCGAUACACUCUUUCUGGGCACACGAGCACUGUCCGUUGCAUGUCCAUGUAUGGGAGCAUGUAUGUUUUUUUUUGUCUCUAUUCACUUCGUGCCAGGAUAAAGAGGAAACGCUGUGUUUAUUCCGGAAAAAAUUCUUUCAUUCAUUUUUGAAGAAUUUUUGACUGCUUUAAGGAAACAGUUCCAAUGUAGUUUUGAGAGAAAUGAAGAAUCGGAAAAAAACACUGUAAGCAGCAGAGAGCUUUUUAAAAAAAUAUUUUUUAAAAACGCCGAAAGCGUAGAAUUUUUUUGUCAGAGGAAGAUUCCAAGGCUCGUACUCGUUGUUUUUCACAGUUUGGUGACGGGAUCGCGCGACACGACGUUACGAGUGUGGGACAUCGAGGAAGGUUCCUGUGUUCGUGUCCUUUCCGGCCAUCUCGCUGCAGUCAGAUGCGUCCAAUUCGACGGCGAAGUCGUCGUUUCCGGUGGAUACGACUUCACUGUCAAAGUGAUGACCUUAAUUCUUCACAGAAUAAUGGUCCAGUUUUGAAGGUGUGGAGCGCGGCGAACGGAACUUGCGAAAGAACGUUGCAAGGACAUUCGAAUCGGGUCUACUCACUUCUGGUGAGAAACUGAAGGAUCAAUAACCUUGCGAUCUUCUUUCAGUACGAUUCGGACCGAAGACUGGUGAUUUCUGGGUCUCUGGACACUUCCAUCCGUGUUUGGGACAUGACAAGGAGGGAAGGCGAGGAGUGCACUGUCGUCCUCACCGGACACACCUCUCUGACGUCGGGAAUGCAGCUCCGCGGCGACAUUCUCGUCUCCUGCAACGCCGACAGCCACGUGCGGGUCAGUGCUCCAUAAAAAAUCAUUCUGGUUGGAUUAGAUCUGCAAAAAAGGGAAACUUCGAUUUAAUGCAGUGUGUACUUCGUCUGCCACUACUAGAACCCUUGCAAUUCGCCCCCUCUUGAAAGGCUGACGCCAAAAGACGAUUUUGCACGCAUCCAAAAUUUUCAAUUUCUCUCACAUUUCUCACUAGAAGGCGGUAACCAUGAAUCAUCCUUUAUUCCAAUGAGCUACCGCGAAUCAAAUUUUAUUGAUUUUUCGAAGAGUCGGCGUUCAAAAUUCGUUUCACUAGCUAUGUAAAAUAAGUUCAUGGUUAACACACCCACAAUUAAAAAUAUUGAGAAUUGAAAUAUUACUGAAAAUAAAUUGACCUUAUUCCAUGAGCGCAAAAAAUAAUCCUUGUAUACAGUUCCUAGAGGUCGAAAAACGAAAAUAGUAGAAAAUAUAUUGAAAAAUAUUUUUCUAGGUUUGGAAUAUCAAGACGGGUACUUGCAUUUUCUUGCUCACCGGUCCCAACGGACACACUUCCGCCAUAACUUCUCUGCAGUUUUUUGACGACGACGUCGUGGCGACCAGUAGCGACGAUGGAACCGUCAAGUUGUGGGAUAUCAAGAAAGGUCUAUCACCACGAAAAAAAACUGACAUUUAUUUUUUGCCUCCACAACUUCCACAAAUGAAACAGACGAAUUUGUCUUCACCUUUUCCGAUAACAUCUCUUUUUUUGCAGGAACCUUCAUCCGCAAUCUGGUUCUGCUGCAGUCGGGCGGCAACGGCGGCUGCAUCUGGAGACUCUGUGCGACGCCAACUUUGCUCGCUUGCGCCAUCGGCUCCCGCAAUAACACCGAAGAAACCAAGAUCAUCUGCCUCGACUUCGACGCCGAUUUCCCAUGA